CAUGGGGUGAGAUGUCUGAUACUUGAAUCGAGCGCCUCUUUUUUUCGGCACGCGAUUAUCAAAAUUGCACAGCUGCCACCCACGUCUUGAGUAACUAGUUCUUCCUGAAAACGCCGCGCGGGGCUAUCGCGGGGAGUUAACAUGUCGCGAAAGCCAUCUCUUCUCUCUGGACAUUCUCACACGAAGAUGCGCGUUUGUUCGCGAGACUCCAGCAUACAUCAUGCGAGCGUAACGCGGCAUCAGGGCGUUUUCAUUGGCCGAGGGGCGCCUUUCCGUGAGGAGUGGAGGUUGUGCUAUGUAGAAGCUCUAAGCUCGGCGGUCGGCAUGUUGGUAUGACGAAAUGCGAGACCAUAAUAAAUCCCGAGCUUCCCCAGCCAGAGUUCCACCAGCUUCUAACCACCAUAACACACCCAACACUCAAUUGAAUCCAAAACAUCAAUUGAAGCCAUCAUGAACACCACUCUCCUCCGCACAUCUGCCCUGCGCUCGGCUGCGAGGGCCGCCGCUCCCGUCACCUCCCGUGCUGGUCUCGCUGGCACCACAUUCGUUCGUGGCAAGGCCACCCUGCCCGAUCUCCCAUACGACUAUGGCGCGCUCGAGCCCUCCAUCUCCGGCAAGAUCAUGGAACUGCACCACAAGAACCACCACAACACCUACGUAACCUCGUUCAACAACUUCAGCGAGCAAAUCGCCGAGGCCAAGCAAAAGGAAGACAUCAAGGCACAGAUUGCGCUGCAGCCGUUGAUCAACUUCCACGGCGGCGGUCACAUCAACCACAGCCUCUUCUGGGAGAACCUCGCGCCUACCAACCAGGGUGGUGGUGAGCCUCCUUCUGGCGCGCUAUCUGCUGCCAUCAACAACAGCUACGGCAGCCUUGAUGCCUUCAAGGAGAAGUUCAACACUGCGCUUGCGGGUAUCCAGGGCAGCGGCUGGGCGUGGUUGGUCCAGGACACGCAGACUGGAGCUAUCCAGAUCAGGACGUAUGCCAACCAGGACCCCGUCGUCGGUCAAUUCCGUCCUAUUCUGGGUGUUGACGCCUGGGAGCACGCCUACUACCUCGACUACCAGAACCGCAAGGCCGAGUACUUCAAGGCCAUCUGGAACGUCAUCAACUGGAAGGCCGCUGAGAAGCGCUUCCAGUAGACAUGACGUCUCACGGCAGGGCAACGUUCCUAACUCGCCGUUUAGUUGAAGAUAGUCUUGAUAGUGUGUAUAGUGUAGUAAUGCAAG